CAGUAUGAGUAAAUACCUCCAGCAAGAGUACGUCGUUUCGGAGGAGAUCGGCCGGGGAAGAUUCGGUACCGUUUACCGAUGCUCGUCGGCGGACUCCGGCGAGUCCUACGCCGUUAAAUCCAUCGACAAGGUAGCCAUAAGUGCCAGCGGAGACUCCCUGGACUCCCGAUGCCUCUUUACCGAGGCCAAGAUCGUUCAGCUGCUCUCCCCUCACCCUCACAUAGUCACUAUUCAUAGCCUCUACGAAGACGAAACGCACCUCCACAUGAUUCUCGACCUGUGUUACGAACCCACGUUUCAUCACCAGGUCAUGCUGGAACAUGAAGCUGCUUCAGUGAUGUGGCAGCUCAUGAAAGGCGUGGCCCACUGCCACCGUCUUGGCGUGGCCCACCGAGACAUAAAGCCCGACAACAUUCUUUUCGACAAGGACAAUCGGCUGAAGCUAGCCGAUUUCGGCUCGGCUGAGACUUUCAAAGAGGGCGAGUCCAUGAACGGAGUGGUGGGGACACCGCAUUACGUGGCGCCGGAGGUCCUCACCGGAAGGGAUUAUAACGAGAAAGUUGACGUGUGGAGUUGUGGUGUGGUUUUGUAUCAAAUGUUGGCGGGGUUUUUGCCCUUUGGAGGUGAUUCCCCUGUGGAGAUUUUUGAGUCUGUUAUGCGCUCCAGUUUGAGACUCCCAACCCGGGUUUUCUCUUCUGUUUCACCUGCCGCCAAGGAUCUCCUUCGUAGAAUGUUAUGUAGAGAAGUCUCUAGAAGGUUCUCUGCUGAAGAAGUUCUGAGACACCGGUGGUUUAGCAUUAUUGAACAGAGUGACUGAUAUGUACAGUGUCUCAUGACUUUUGGAAGAACUGAGAUGGAUUUUUUGUAUUCUCUGACCUUAGAGGCUGUUCUUCUCUUUCU